AUGCCCGGUAUCCAGAUCAUCACCAAGGAGUGCGGUCACGGCUGCGCUCACCAGUCCAUCUGCACUUGCAGCUCCCACAGCAGCAGCAGCUCUAGCUGCGGUUGCCGUGUCGAGUGCUCCAUCGCGGCCCCUGCCGUCUGCCACGACGUCUCUAUCCUCCUUGACCACCUCAACGCGCUCGCCUUUCCCAGCGUCCAGUACACUUGCGCGCCCCACCCUCCCAUCUCAUGCUGCCCCGCCGAGGACAAGAACCUCCCUCUCGCCUUUGCCUACAACAGUCGCCUGAUCCGUGACGAGCUCCACCACAACCUUCUGGCAUACCUUGCCGAGGGCGUCCACCCUUCGCUCUUCACCGACGGCUCGGCGGGAGCCAAGAUUCUCACUGCGCGCCAGCUCAUCGCCGUCGACCGUCUGGACGGCUACCACGCUCUCCAGUGCAUCGUGUACGGCACGCUCCUUCUGAGCAUUAACGCCGCCCUCCUCGAGGACACGCCUCGCAACAAGUGUCUCGAUGGCCAGCGUCUCUGGACCGUCACCUCGCCUCCUUGUGGCGGCCACAGUGCGUCCCUCGAGUGCCGCGUCGGUGGCUCGUCGGCCGUCGUCCUUGACCUCCACCCCACCACUGUCGUCUCCAACGAGCUCAUGGACGCCAUCCUUGCCGUGGUCAAGAUUGGCACUGCGUACGACUCGUCGCGCGGCCGUGUCAUCUGCGAGAAGUCGACCGAUUCGUGUCUCCACUACGACGCCCUCGCCCUCCUUGGCCAGGUGUGGACACGCUUCGCAAAGGACGCGUACCGCAAGGAACCCAUGGUCCGCUUCGUCGUUCUCUCCAACCUCGAGCGCUCGAUCGUGUUCCACCGCAAGACGGGCGAGAUUGCCGUCUCCCACGCCAUCCACCGCGACGGCCUCUCGACGCCCCGCGACUCGGUCCAGAACCUCUACUCGCUCAUACUCGCCCUCUCUGUCCUCGAGAAGCAUCAGUAUUCCCAUCCGGCCCUCGUGGACCUCCUGUAA